AUGUCCUGGGAGACUUCCGCUCCAUAUACCUUAAAUUUGUACGAGGAAAACUUGGAUGAUGAAAAUGUUAUCGAUUUAUCAUCCCGAUCAUUAUCUGAAGUUCCACAUCUACAAAACAAUUUGGUUUGCGUUCUUUAUUUACAAAAUAAUAAAUUGAAAUUAUUGCCUGAGGAUUUAUUUCUGCUACUGCCAAAUUUGAUGUGGCUCGAUUUAAGGGAUAAUGAAUUAACAGAUAUUCCAAUAACAAUUAAAGGUCAUAAGUCACUUACACAUUUACUUUUGCAAAAUAACAAACUUACAUCCUUACCUAACGAACUGGGGACAGUGAAAUGUUUAAAAGUACUCCAGUUAAGCGGAAAUCCUCUUAUGUAUCCGCCAAGAGACGUCAUUAGCGCGGGAACUGCGAAAAUUUUGUCAUUCCUAUUAGCUAUGUAUGAGGCUGAAAAUGGUUCUGUUUUAUCCGAUAAAACAAGUGCGAGUGAUAUUGACAAAAUUAUUAACCGAGCUCGGAGCUAUAACUCUGUAUUGGAUGAAGAGAAAUUACAGAACCACAAAACACUUGCGGUACAAUUCAGUGAAAGGGAUAAUUAUGAUUCCGAUGAGGAAUAUUACUCCAAAAUAAAGGGAAAGUGUCCAAAACUACAUAAAAGUAGAACGAAGACAUUACCACCUCACUGCCAGAGUGCGAAAUAUUUGAAACGACCCGUUAUAUCAUUUGAAGAAGUUAACGAGAAAAUGAAGCGGAGUUACAUUCAAGAUAUAGCUCUCAAGAAACAUAGGGAUUUUGUUUUGAAGACGGAAAAAAUACUCCAAGGUAAAAAGAACAUUGAAUUACUAAGAAACUGGCGUAGAUCCUACCGCAAUAAACAGUCCAACAUAUCUUUGGAUAACGAUUCAUAUAAGCUCACAGCCAAGAAAUUUCCAUAUGACACCGAUCCUGAAUAUAUGACCUUCUUGAACCGUGAAGACAUAGAAAAAGAUUUGCCUAACAAAUAUAAGAAGAGAUUGUAUAGAAAGGCUAAACCGACUGUGCCAAGAAAGAGAAGUAAUGAUGUUCAUCUGGCCAUGAAGAUUAAGCAGCUAUUUGAAAACUUAGAAGCUAUUGAUUUGAAUAGAGAGAGCAUGUCACCUAGAACGGAACAGAAAAUAUUAUUGGGAGAAAUACAGAAGAUAUCAGAAAUAAAACAGAAAUUGAUGGAACUAUCCACAACUAACACUCCAUCGGUGACCGUAGAAUAA